AAUUACCUCUGAAAAAAAACCUCAAGCUUGGCCAAUGCUUAGCAGAUUUUUGAAUGAUGUGCAUAGUGGUCGUGAUGUAUCAACAUAUUCUGUGUAUUGGGAAGAAUAUCUAGACGAUGACAUCGUUAACGAUGAAGAAUACGAACCUGAAAAUGAUUUUUCUGUAAUCGAGCAAAAGUUCAGUGACAUCAAUCUUGAUGCUGAUAACGGUACAGUUGCUGAAUCCUCGCAAAGUCAUGUUGAUUAUGCUGAUCAACGACAA